AUGAACUCCUCAGUGAUGGAAACUAGUGGAGACUGUAAAACCAAUAUGGCGAACAACACGACUACAAAAGAAACGAAAAUCCACAAACUUGUCGACACUUUUAAAUCAUUUAAUAACGAAGAAAAAACCUUAGCCAUCCAAAAAAUAUUGUGUUUUUGUGAACCGGAACAACUUCUUUUUCUGUCUGAACAAUUGCCAAAUAUAGUGAGACGUGAUUUUAUUCGGUACUUGCCCAGUGAGGUGUUGUUUCAUAUAUUAAAAUAUUUAGAUUACAAAACAAUUAGUCGAUGUUUUUUGGUUUCCAAAACAUGGAAUGAAUUAUUAUCGUCUCAUAAUAAGGCAUGGAUUCGUGCGUGUGAAUCAUUAGGUGUUGUAAAGCGCUCGUUGCUUUAUAAAAGUACAACAAACUUGAAAUGUGAACUGAGGAAAGGUAUAAAACGACUAGAGAAACUCAAAUCAUACGAACGAGCAUUUAAAACGAAAGUUCUAACAGGGCACUCGCAAAGGAUCACUGCAUUACAUUAUAACAAAGGAUUUUUGGCAAGUGGUGCUGAGGAUCGAACAGUAAGAUUAUGGGAUAUUUAUAGUCAUGAAUGCAAAUAUAAUAUUACAUGUCACACAACCACUCAAGUGAAGUUUGAUAAAGAUCAUAUUUAUACUGCAUCUUGUGAUCAAACACUUGCAAAGUGGAGUUGGUCAACUGGUCGUUGCGUAACACGUUAUAUUGGUCAUGUUGGGGCAGGCAAGUAUGUGAAAAGAUGUGUUUUGAAAGAAUGGUUUUAUGAUGCAUUUGACUUGGUUAUGAUCGUUCACUUUGAAGUCAUAAAUAUACCUCAGAAAUAUCAUAUUAAUCAUUUUGUAAAUGUUUUUUUUUGUCUGGACUACAACACAAAUUAUGAUUUGCUCAUGAGCGGUUCGUCAGACUGUGUCGUGAAAUUUUGGCAACUGUCUACAGGAACAUGUUUAGCGACGAAAACUGGACAUCAAAGUUGGUUGACUGAGGUAGUACUUUCACUUUAA